AUGACCGUUGCUGAGUAUGCUGCAAAAUUGGAGUCAUUGGCGAAACAUUUCCGUUACUUCAGAGGACAGAUAGAUGAAGGCUAUAUGUGUGAGCGCUUCAUUGAUGGGCUGAGUUACGAGCUUCAGAGGGCGGGGAGUGGAGGUCCGUCUAGGGCUAACCAAGGUAGAAAUGACAAGGGCAAGCACUUUCAGAAGAAGUCGUACGUUCGUCCUCAGGGUAGGGGGACAGCUUCUGGGUCCUUUUAUCCUACUGGUGGAAAUGCAAUUGCGUUAAGAACCCCAUCUGGGAAUCGGGAGGAUGUGACUUGCUUCAGGUGCAACAAAAAGGGGCACUAUGCCAACCACUGUUCUGAGAAUCUUGCGGCGUGUUGGAACUGCAACAAGCUAGGUCACACUGCCGGAGAGUGUAGGGCUCCUAAAGUUGAGGCUGCUGUGAAUGUUGCUGGGGCGAGGAGGCCUACUGCUGGUGGAAGAGUCUACUCGAUUACUGGAACUGAAGCUGAUGAAGACGAUGGUUUGAUCCGCAGUACCUGCGAGAUUCUAAGGAUAAUGGAGUACAAGGAAUAG